UAUUUGGUGGCGAAUGAUCACUACUUUUAUCACUUUUUCUAUAAUUAUCACAAAAUUCCAACUAAUUAUCUCUUAAUGUCUUAAAUUUUUCUAAUCUGAUGACAUUGUAAUGAUAUAAUGUUAAAGUAAAUAAGUUUAUUUGCCAGCAAAUGGACAGCAAUACAAUGUCAGCGAGUGUUAUCACCCCAUCGGGUCUUAGGGAUUAUUGUAGUCUUAAACAACUCGAUAACUGUCAAUUGGCGGUCGUAUUUGUGCCGAAACAAAGUGGCAAUCAUUUAGUUAAUAUAAAGCAAUGUAAACACCAUAUAAUGGGCAGCCCUUUCUCAAUGUAUGUGUGUGACCAUGAAAUAGGUGACUCUUCAAAGGUUCGCAUUACAGGAAACGGUAUCAAAUCAGCCAAGACUUGUAUGUGGAAUAAGUUCUUAAUUGACACUAAAAAUGCUGGCUAUGGCUCACUUGUUAUCUCUUUUGAUGGUCCGUCCAAAGUAUUGAUGGUUCAAAAAGAUAAUAACGAUUGCACAGUCAGUAUUACUUACCGCACAGCAAAACCUGGACUUUAUGUGAUAAAUGUAAAGUUUGCUGAAAAUCAAGUGCCGGGAACUCCCUAUACUAUUAAUCCAAAGUAA